AAAGGCUCAUAAUUAAUCUCAAGUGGCUCCGUGGGUCUCAGAAUCAUUCGCGCCACAACGUCGGUUUGGAGCUCUCCGCCCUUAUGCCCAAUUAACCUCGGAGACCUGGAUGAGCUACAAGGGGGCGGUCAGGCUUUCCAUUUUUGACCUGGAGGUUAUAAUUAGGCAACCUCCUCAUUACGAGACCAAAACCAACGGUCCUUUUUCCAGAAUUUCCUGUUCGCUCUACUGACUACAGCUGCAGCGCAGGAUAGAGAAGCAAAAGCAAAGGAUUGCAUAACACCCACGCCACCAGCCAGCCGCUGCCAAUCCCUGCCUCCAACACCCGGGGGUGAGCGCUGGAUCGCCGUGGGGCAUGGACAGCUCCGAUUGGGGGAGAGGCGUGCCCUGACAUCACACCAGCCCCUAAAGUCUCAGGAUUACGGGAAAGAAGGGAAUCCAGGAAGAAUAUAACCCGGAACGACUUUUACAAGCCUGGGUCUGCCCUCCUCCGGAGCUGGGGUCCGAAACUCAUCAACGAAGCGAGCUCCGCCCCCACGGCCCGCCCGCGCGGUGGGAUCAGGUGACCGCGGCCCGGCGCGGUCACGUGGUUGGGUCGUGCCUACGUGGUUGGGGCGCGCCCGCCUGUUGUGGCCAUGGCGGCCGCAGACUCCAGUGUGGUGAAGCGAGUGGAGGAACUCGGGGACCUAGCUCAGGCCCACAUACAGCAACUUAGCGAAGCCGCCGGCGAAGAUGAUCACUUUUUAAUUCGGGCCUCUGCAGCACUAGAAAAAUUGAAACUCUUGUGUGGAGAAGACAAAGAAUGUUCAAGUCCAUCAAAUCUACUAGAACUUUACACACAAGCUAUUUUGGAUAUGACAUAUUUUGAGGAGAACAAGCUAGUAGAUGAAGAUUUUCCUGAAGACUCUUCACAGAAAGUAAAAGAGCUGAUCAGUUUUCUUUCAGAACCAGAAAUUUUAGUUAAAGAAAAUAAUAUGCAUCCAAAACACUGCGAUUUGCUUGGGGACGAACUCCUGGAAUGUCUCUCUUGGCGUCGAGGAGCUCUACUUUAUAUGUAUUGUCAUUCUCUGACCAAAAGGAGAGAGUGGCUCAUGAGAAAAUCUAGUUUGCUUAAAGAGUACCUUGUUGAUGGAAUCAGUUACUUGCUACAGAUGCUAAAUUAUCGGUGUCCUAUCCAAGUAAAUGAAGGGGUUUCUUUCCAGGACCUAGACACAGCUAAAUUACUGAGUGAAGGAAUAUUUAGCGACAUUCAUUUGCUGGCUAUGAUGUACAGUGGAGAAAUGUGUUACUGGGGAUUGAAGCAUUGUACAGAUCAACAGCCAGGAAAUCAUGGAGUGGAUACUGGUGUUUCUGGAGCAAGCUACACUACACACAAAGAACCCUUGGAUUUUCGAGAAGUAGGAGAAAAAAUUUUGAAAAAGUAUGUAUCUGUGUGCGAAGGACCUCUGAAAGAACAAGAAUGGAAUACAACAAAUGCAAAACAAAUUUUAAACUUCUUUCAACAUCGCUGUAACUACUAAGUUCAGUCCUUUUCAAACAAAAACAAAAAAGACCCAUGAAAUGGAAAAGUUUCAGAAAAGAAGACAUUUUGACACUGAAUUUAAGAAUAUCACACUACAUGAAGAUGUCCAGCAUGGUUACUUGUUUUUAAAUGCCAUUAUGAUUUUUCAUUAUAUAUUCUUAAGCGUCUGAAAGAACAAUUCUUUGAUUUCUAAAACGACAUGUAAUUCUAACUCAUCCAUUAUUGAUACUAAAGAGGAACCCAAUUUUGCUUUACAAAGAUUUUUUUUCUAUUUAGAUUUUUUUUCAUUGUUGUAAAAUAUACAUAGCAUAAAAUUGACCAUUUUAACUAUCUUUAGAUUAUUUUUUAAUCUCUCUUGAACUUUGCUGUGCGUCACAGGUUAAAAUCAAGUCACCUCAUUGCUUUGGAUAUAUGCUAUGGAUUUAAAAAUUGGCAAAAUAAUAUUCAGGUUCCAUUUCUAGAAUAGGAUAAAUAAUGAAAGACUUCAUAAAAGAAUUAUUUUAUCAUGUACUACUAAUGGCAUUAAAAAUUUUUAUUCUAUUAA